AUGUCGUGGUUACGGUCGGCGGUGAACCGAGCGGUGGAGGUCGGCGGCAACAGGAAUCUCAGCCGCGUCGUGCGCAGUUAUGCCGACACCGUCGUGAAUCAGGCCGGCCAGGCCGUCGUUGGCGGGGCCAAGCUGUUCCAGGAUCGCAUUGGAGCUCGGAAUUUCCAAAAUUAUAAGCUUGCAGUAAAACAAUUAGAAGAAGUUUCUGUUUCGUGUAGGGGAAUAGAAAGGGUUCAAUUACUGAGAAGAUGGUUAGUUGCAUUGAAAGAGAUCGAAAGGCUUAAGGAAGACAUCAAAAGCGAAAAUCUCGACAAGUCUGGCGAAUCGUGUGAUCCUCAACAGAGGCCAAAUGUGGUUAUGUAUUAUGAUCCUGACAUUGGUGAACCUAUGAAUUUUCGGGAUAUUUUCCUCCGCAGCCAAGCUCUUGAGGGCAUUACGCUGUCUUUAAUUCUUGAAGAGCCCAUUCAAGAGGAACUCAUUUUGCUUCAACAGAUAUUUCGGCUAUGUCUGCUGGGCGAUAAAGAAGCUCAAGAUGUAACGGUGAACUACGUACAAGAAUUGGCAAACGCCUUCACAAACUAUAAUGAGGAAAUUCUGACGAAGAGAGAAGAGCUGCUGCAAUAUGCACAGGAUGCAAUAGCAGGACUGAAAGUCGAUGCUGAGAUAGUAAGAAUAGAUUCUGAAGUCUCCAAUAUACAUAAGAAACUAGAUGAGAUGAAAAACCAGCUGCCUUUUAGUGACGGCGGUGAGAAAUCCUCCGACAAAGCAGCUGAUACCUCGACUGAGAAUCUGAAGGAAGCACUCGAACAUUUUAAACUUUGUUCCCGGUUGGAGGAGCUUCUGUUGCAGAAGAAACUCAUUAAGAACUGGGAUUCACCAGCUGCCCAUAGCAAGAAGAUUGAUAAGCUAAAGGUUUUAUCAGAAUCCCUCGCCAGCUCGGCCCUGAAAGCUGAAAAGCGCAUUUCGGAUAACAGAAUGCAGAAAGAAGAAGCUCUUAAAUUCCGGGUGAACAAAACCAGUGAAAUGAGCCAACUCGAAAAGGAACUUACAGCUGAAAUCAAGGACCUCCAAAACAAGAAAGACGAGCUUGAAGAUGAGCUGAAAAAGGUUACAACUGCCUUGACGUCUGCACAUGCCCGCCUGCGUAAUGCUCAGGAAGAACGGGAUCAGUUUGACGAAGCUAGUAGUCAGAUCAUUCAACAUUUCAAGUUAAAGGAUGACGAGCUGUCAAGAUCUGUAGCUUCAUAUAGAGCAGAAGCAGAAGUUUGCAACAAGUUCGUCAAUUUUCUCGAUACCACUUGGGUUUUCCAGUCAUUGCAUGCAGACCAAAAGGAGAAGCGGGUCAAUGAUGAGCUGGAGAGACAUGAAGAGUACUUUGUGGAUUGGACAAUAAGCUUCCUAACUACAGAAAAGGACGAGGUAGCUUCUUCAAUUUCUACAAUUAGGGACAUUGUAGAGAAUUUGAAAGGGCUAUACGGGAUACCUACCACAGACGAAAAGGACGACAAAGUAAACGCAAGAAAAACUCUUGAAGAACAAUACCAUACUCAGAUUAAUAAGUUAACGACAACAUUCGGCGUAGUCGAUAGCAUUAAGAAUCAUUUUUCAACACAAGAAGAUGAGGAUUCGAGCGGGAGAAAACCCAACGUGAAAGUGAACGAACUAUUAGACGAGCUCGAAAGGGUCAAAUCUGAAUACGAAUCGAUCAAAAGGCCACGUUUGCAACAUGAGCCGCCACCCGUACCAGACGAGGUGGUUCCUCCACAGCCAAAGCUGAGGGCUCCACGAAUUCCAUUUUUGUCCCCGAGGCCAUCUCCAGACGAAAAAACCGAGCUUAUUAGUACCCAAUCAGGCUCGGAGAAUGAGGCGCAAAGAAGGAUUUCUUUAGGAUUCAGUCCGAAUAUUGCUCUGCCAUUGGUCAGAAGCCGUUCGGCUAACAAUGAUGCCAAUUAUAAUAGGCCUUUGGAUGCAGAGACACAGUUUUCCAAGUUGAAAUUUGAGCUGGAACUCGACGAGGGACACAGCAGGAGGAGCUCCAUGGAUAUUCUCGAUUGGGAGUUUGAUGAGCACGUCGAGAAAGAACCGAAAAAGAGCGUGCAAUGA